UUACGCUUGCUGGGCUGGCGAUGGAAACCCACAGAGCUCCCUGCAGAAGAAGGAAAGUCCCUCUGGGAGUUGGUGCUGGAGCAGUUUGAAGAUCUCCUUGUCCGCAUCCUUUUGAUAGCAGCUUUUCUGUCAUUCAUACUGGCCUGGUUUGAAGAAGGAGAGGAGACCACAACAGCAUUUGUGGAGCCCAUCGUCAUUAUCAUGAUCCUGAUCGCCAACUCUGUGGUGGGUGUGUGGCAGGAGAGAAACGCCGAGAGCGCCAUCGAAGCCUUGAAGGAGUACGAGCCCGAGAUGGGGAAGGUGAUCCGUGCCGACCGCAGCGGGGUGCAGCGGAUCCGUGCCCGGGACAUUGUCCCUGGGGACAUCGUGGAGGUGGCAGUUGGUGACAAGGUGCCAGCAGACAUCCGGAUCAUUGAAAUCCGGUCCACCACGCUGCGGGUUGACCAGUCCAUCCUCACAGGGGAAUCUGUGUCGGUGAUCAAACAUGCUGACCCCAUUCCUGACCCCCGGGCUGUCAACCAGGACAAGAAGAACAUGCUUUUCUCCGGCACCAACAUCGCAGCUGGGAAGGCCGUAGGGGUCGUCAUUGCAACAGGGGUGUACACCGAGAUUGGUAAGAUCCGAAACCAGAUGGUGGAGACCGAGCCUGAGAAGACCCCCUUGCAGCAGAAGCUGGAUGAGUUCAGCCAGCAGCUCUCCAAAGUGAUCUUCCUGGUGUGCAUCGCCGUCUGGGUCAUCAACAUCAGCCACUUCAGUGAUCCUGUCCACGGGGGAUCCUGGUUUCGAGGGGCCAUCUACUAUUUCAAGAUUUCAGUGGCACUGGCGGUGGCUGCCAUUCCUGAGGGCCUCCCGGCCGUCAUCACCACCUGCCUGGCGCUGGGCACGCGCCGCAUGGCCAAGAAGAAUGCCAUCGUCCGGAGCCUGCCCUCAGUGGAGACCUUGGGUUGCACCUCCGUCAUCUGCUCUGACAAGACUGGCACCCUCACCACCAACCAGAUGUCCGUCUGCCGG